CCUUGCAUUCCCUAUUUAUCGCGCCAUACACUCCCACGCAUUUCAAGUUUCCUCCGCCAUGGCGCCCACUCUUUCCUGCUGCCGCUGCGGCUUCGAGCCAGAUACUAUUCCAUAUUGCGUGGGCGGUGCAUCAUACAAAUUCCACUGCUUUUGCUGCGCCAAAUCUCCCCCAAAAUAUUGCGCCUUCUGUGGCACGCCCGGAGACCUGAAUUAUCUCAAAGAUCUCAACAAGAAACACAGUAAGUGCUUCAAGGGCCUGCACUAUUUCGUUUACACUGAACCCUGGCACGAGACCGCGAACCCGGAUUUGCUAGGCCGUCCCUCGCUGAAAGAGCUUCAACCCGAACUCGCUCGGCCGGUCUCUAUUUCCAGCCAUGUGAGUGAGGAGGAGGCGCAGGAGCCCCAGAAUACCCUGACAGAAGAGCCACUUUUGGAUCCUACGGUUGUGCACGAAGAGGAGAUGCACCACUCCCGGUCUGAUCUGGUGAUCUCGAAAGUCAGAACGUUGAACGAGCAGGAGUUCAACAUCGAUGCGCAGGAUUCUCAAGAAACAGUAGAAGUCAUGAGGGAUAGGAAGGAUCGGAUUAAGGUAGCUCCCGACAUGAAACCUGCGACGCAGAAAGAGCAAAAGUGGGUGACCACCAAGGAGGUGCUUUCCUGGCCGCGGUGCCCGCGAUGCGAAUGUGUGCACACCAUCAAUUCUGGCUGGAUCAAACACGCACAGGAGUGCGCCCAGGACCCCAGGUACAACAAGCCCACGUUCUUCAUGUACUGCCACACAAAGGGAUGGUGCAACUAUCUGGUCCGGGAUAGUCUGUGGGAAAAGCACAGUGAUCCGUCUACUGGCUCCUGCGACAUUUGCAAAAGUUGCCGACAGUUAAAACCUCUUCCCUUCAUGCCGGAGCCGCCGCCACGUCCGAACGAGGCCGCCUUGGCCAAAAGGAGGCGCCAAAACUAUCGCACAAGAAAACGAAAGCAGCGGGAGCUUUAAUAUUAAUUCACGCAAGUUAAUCCUUUAUGAAUAAGGCCUUUGUGCAGGCACAGUAGGUUUCUUUUUAUUUACUUUUAUUAAAAUAACUUUAUAUACGAAGAAUGCGGAUGGUUUUCCGGAAAAGAAAUAUCAUGUUAAAUAUUUUGAUGAAUGAAUUCGAAGCUACAUUCAUUGCACACAUAUAUGCUUUCGUUUAAAAUUAAGAGAAGUUAAAAACGUGUAGAGGAAGAUAUCGUUGUGAAAAAGGUUUAGUUUGGAACGUUUUUAUUUAAGUAGCUUUGAAUACAUUGAACUCUUAAUCUAAUUGAAUAUUAAUUUAAUUUAAUAAUCCCAACUUGGGGAUUUGAAGUAAUUCUUAUUUGUUACGUUUUUAUUUAAUCACUUGUAAUAGCAAUAUUUGCAUUGAAUAUGUAUGAAUUUCCAGUUAUUGAAUUGUGCAUAAAAUCUUUUUGCUAACUUGGUUGAAAGAUAUGUGUCCCAUGACUAAACAUAAAACCGCUUUAUAAUUAA